CCACGUGACCACUAUCUCCCCCACAUUUCUCAACUAAUCAAUUUUUUUUUUUUUUUUUUUUGGUUUGUUUGACAAUUUGAAUUUCUCAAAAAAUGACCGCCAAAAUCCUAAAAAGUCCUCCGAGGGUCAAUCAUUCACAUUAUUCAGACCGAUUACCAGAACCCCAUUCUCCACCCAGUACUAUACCUGAAUUGCCAUGGAAGCCUCCACAACCUCGCUCAUGUCCGACUCAUGGACCUCAUCGUCAUUCAUGGAAAACUCAGGCUCGGGGAUCUUACCCAACCUCCCAUCCUCCAAAAAGGCAACCAUUAAUUCUUACAAACUUGCGGUCAAAUAUUUUAUGAAUAAGAAUUUCUACAAAUCGUACGAGAUCUCCAAACCGUUGUACGAGCGCAGUUUCCAACAAUUUGCCUCCGGAACGAUUCUGGAGCUGCUUUUCAUCAAGGUGAUCAACCUCUACUUGCUACAAAUUGGAAUGUUUUUAGGUGGCGGUGAAGAAGAUUUAAGAUUCAAAUUUGAAAGAAUUGAGAGAAAUCGUGUGAUAAAUGAGUUAAAAAAUGACGAAAUUUUAAAUAAAUUUGAAAAUGCGACCCGAAUUCCGACCCUUGGUCAAUCAUCCGGUCAAAUCCCCUCGGAAAUCUUGUAUAAUAACUACCUUACCCUAUUCACCAAUAGAGAAGUUAUCUAUGAUCAAGGAGAACCGGAAGAACUUUUAACCAAGUUUGAUCGUGUGAUAACGUCCCUCAUACCUCAUGACCUGUUUGAUGAGAAACUUGUUGAUCUCUAUACAUUUCAAGUGUUACCCUGCUAUUCUCUUUACUCUCAAGCAAGACAUUUCAUUUCCAAUAACUCACAAUACUCAUCCAAUUUGGAACAAGCACUUAAAAAAUUAAAUGAUAUUGAAACAGAUUCAAAAUUAAAAUUAAACCUGAUAAAACAGGCAAAGGAAUUGGCAGCUACUAAAUUACAAGAACUGCAGAAAUUGGAACGUGAAAGACUUAAAGAAGCAAAGAAAGAGGAAAGUCUCAAGUACAAGACAUUGAGUCAAAUUAGAAAAGAGGGCGGGGAUACUUCCUCCUCCACCCCAUCAUCUCACGAGACUUCAAAACAUGUAAGUUCUUCAAAAUCACUCUCGACUUCAGCAAUUGUAAAACAACUCAGAUAUCAUCUUACACUUUCAAAAGAUUAUUUGGUGGAAAACGCACCAAUUCUUCUAGUUGUUGUUGUGGCAUUACUUGUAGGAACAAGAUUCCUUAGAAAGAGGAAAAUUAGCAUUAAGGAGAAAUUCUUGGAAACGAUAAGAAUGGCUUUCAAAGUUAGCUAUUUAUAAUAUAGAAACAAUAAUCAAAAGAUCAUGAUGGAUUCACCC